UUGGGGGGAGCCUGAGCGGCCAUGGCGUACUCGACGGUGCGGAGGGUGGUCGUGGCCUCGGGGCUGGUCCUGGCUGUGUCGCUGCUGCUGCCCAAGGCCUUCCUGUCCCGCGGAAAGCGGCAGGAGCCGCCGCCGGCGCCCGAAGGAAAGUUGGGUCGAUUUCCACCAAUGAUGCAUCAUCACCAGGCGCCCUCAGACGGCCAGACCCCUGGGGCUCAUUUCCAGAGGUCUCACCUUGCAGAGGCGUUUGCCAAGGCCAAAGGAUCAGGUGGCAGCCCUGGAGGAGGAGGUAGUGGAAGAAGCCUGAUGGGGCAGAUUAUUCCCAUCUAUGGUUUUGGGAUUUUUUUGUAUAUACUGUACAUUCUAUUUAAGCUCUCUAAGGGGAAGACUGCUGCAGAGGAUCGGAAAUGCUCCGCUGCCACUCCCGGGAACACUCACAGGAAAAUUACCAAUUUUGAGCUUGUUCAACUGCAAGAAAAACUGAAAGAGACAGAGGAAGCCAUGGAAAAAUUAAUCAACAGAGUGGGACCUAAUGGUGAAAGAGCACAGACUGUGACUUCUGACCAAGAAAAGCGGUUGCUGCAUCAGCUCCGAGAAAUCACCAGGGUCAUGAAAGAAGGAAAAUUCAUUGACAGACCCACUCCAGAGAAAGAAGCUGAGGAGGCCCCUUAUAUGGAGGACUGGGAAGGUUACCCUGAAGAGACUUAUCCAAUUUAUGACCUUUCAGAUUGCAUCAAGCGUAGGCAAGAAACAAUUCUGGUGGAUUACCCUGACCCAGAAGAGCCCUCUGCUGAAGAAAUAGCUGAAGGGAUGGGAAUGCUAGAAGCAGCAGCAGACCAUUUGGGGUGGGAAGUGCCCACUGACCCUGGAGCCCAGGAAGAUAAUUCUGUUACCUCAUGUGACCCAGAGCCAGAAACAUGUUCCUGCUGUUUUCCUGAAGAGGAGGAUCCUGCUGUCUUGGCAGAGAAUGCUGGAUUCAUUGCAGACAGUUACAGUGAGCAAGAGGAAGCCACCAAAGAAAUAUGGCCCCAAGACUCCAGAGAUGAAGGGAUGAGAGCACUCAGGGCAGAGGUCCGACUCUUUGUGCUAGGAGGAACAGAUGGUUUACCUGUGAGCAUACAUCAGCUUACACAUGAUGAGGACUUAAGGUUGCAACAGUGAAGAUUUCAGAGUCCAAGAUGCCUUAUUCUGUGGGCCUUGAGCAGGUUAGUGGUCCCCAGGGUUUAAGAAGAGAACAUUUUGUUUGUGGGAUGAUGGGGCCAGAGCAGGGUAAGAACUCUGCUGUCUGAGCUGAAGCCCCUUCCUCACGGCGAGGGCCUCUUUAGGAGCACUGAUGCGGCCUCAACAUCCGCUUUUCUCCAGAGUAGCAGAGACUCGGACUGACCUGAGAAUGAGCCCAGGGGCCUGUUGGGGCCUGUGUUGCUCUGAUACUGCCUGAAUCUCUAGCUUCCUUAUCCCUGUUCUGCCUAACAGAACUGCCAAAUGUAGAAGCACCUUUGUACCUCUGGUCUUCAGUGGCCAGAGGAAGCUUUAGAUAGAGACUUUAGUCUUUGUCCUGCAGGGCCGAGAUUUGAGCCUGCAGGAAAGCCUGCCCAAGGGUGGUGGUCCUGGUAUGAGAUGCUCCGAAGGCCAGAGAGCCAGUGACAAAGAGAGAACCCUUGCACUAUGGAGAAGUCCUUUCCUAGAAGCUGUUUCUGAAUGUUGUGUCCUCUGGGAAAUUUGUUCUCACAGCCACAAAUGGAAGCAGAAAUGAGAAGGACUGAGGUUGUAGACAAAGUGCCAGCCCAACGGAGAAGUUGCAGAGCGUCUCUUGUGGAGAACCAAUAUAGCAGUGCCCAGGGAAGAGACCAUUUGUUCUAUAUUCGGAUCUCUGGGUCCUUUGAGAGAGCUGGGGAAGCAGGAGGUAGAUUUGGACUGGGAGGAUUUUGACCGAACUAAAGGCCUAAUCUCUAAGCUGCCGUCUGUCAUGUGUCUUGAGACAGGAUGGCACCCAUGAAUUCCGUCUAGUAAGGAUGAGUGAACCCACAGUUUACAUGUACAACCUGAGAGUUUAAAGAGGACACAUUCCUGAGGACAUUCCCAGUCAUGAAAUGCGGAAGAUUUGAAAAUUAAGAAAUUAUGUAAAGGUAGAUAUAGCUUUUAGAAUCCCAUUGUGCUGGCAUGAGUAAGAUGUCAGGAAAAGAGUUUAAAUCACACGUAAGCAUAUAGACUCCCGGCAGAAGGUAUGGGAUCAUAGUAAGAUAAUGUGUCAGCUACUACUAGGCCUUUCUGGCUAGUUACUGAACUACAGGGAAAAAUCAUUGAAGGUGGAGUCUAUAGAAAGUAUAUUGCAUCUCUCUCUGUGUGGAACAUUUGAUUCACUUGUAAAGAAUGCAGCUUAAAAUGUACUGAAAACAGUCUAGAUGUAAUGUAAUGCUAAAGAUAAAAACAUAGGUGCUGUUUACGGUUUUGAUAAAUUAUUUUUUGUUAUUUCCCUUCAUUCACCAUGAGGGAUUGAUUUAUGAGGAGUCCUGCGUCCCUGGGUUAAAUUUCUUUUUUGCCUUAGGAUAUGGUUUCCUUAUUAGAGAUAGGUAUUUGUUUCCUUCUAGCUCAUUCAUUCAUUUAUUCAUUUAGCAGACACUGCUCAGAGCUAGGCAAUGGGAACAGUAGGCUUAAUUCUUCCCUUUAAAAAUGCAGUUUAAUGUGGGAGGCUUACCCAAUUCAUUUUUUUAAAUGACUGUAAAAGGGCUCAAGAUUGUGAAUUCUGCAGGCAAGGAAAUGCCAGUCAUGAUUCCAUCCUUGACUGUUCUAGCUAUAGAAUCUUGUCGGCUCCUUAGCCCUUCUGAGCCUUGGCUUUCUCAUCUCUAAAGCAGAGAGAGUAAAAGUCAGGUCUCACAGGGUGGUUAUGAGAAUUAAAUGAAAUCAUCAGUGCCUGUAAAACAGCAUUGGUCCUAUCUCAUACAUGAUAACCACUCAAUAAGUGGUGGCUAAGUUUUUUGUCCAAGGUUUUAUGCUAUAAUUGAGAGAUGGACCCAAAUCUAUAGGAGCACAAAGAAAGAGAUCAUUUUUGCCAAAAUACUUCCAAGAAACCUACAGAGGGGGUGGGUCUUGAGCAGGUUAAGAACUUCUCCAGGUGGGCAAUGAAGAGAAAGGAUUCUUGGCAGAAAGACUAGUAUUAGAGAAAGCAGCAGGGUAUGAAAGUAUAUGGUUGUUCAGCUAUUUUGACGAGGCUGGUAUAUAAGGUAUUGCAAAACAAGCUCUUUAUUUUGAAUGUUAAUCUUUGGGGGAAACUGGCUUAUGGAAAUAGUUCCUGCCAGAAGUACUAAGACCUCAUGAUGGCUUUUGCUGCCCCAGCUCUUGGUUGGUUUAUAUAGCAGGAAUAUAUUUAUGUAUUUAUAUUUUGAUGUACUUUUUGAUGUACUCUUCAAUCAUCAUUUCAGAUUAGAGUCCUUUUUGGAUUUUACAGAAUUAUUUUAUCCUUCAAGGAUAACAAUUAUGUGUUUAUGCAACCCAGGAUGACCAAAAUUGUGGGACUGGUUUUUUUGUGAUGCUUGCUGUCUCUUCCUUCAUGGUCUUCAUUUCUCAGAACUGGUCUGGGCUGUGAACUUGAUCAGUCCCCUGGCAUUGGGUCUGCAGUGACUUUUGGGCACUGUGGCAGAGCACAGAGUCAUAGCUCUGGGGCUUGAGAGUUGGCCUAGCAAACAACUGCAUCCCCUGAGAGCAUGCCUGGUAAAUCAGGUGGGUGAUCCAGCCAGGAGAUCCCCUUUCCUGGCCAUAACAGGAGCACAAGGACAGCACAUCGUGAGCUCCAGGACUAGUGAUGGGUGAGCUCCAGAAGUGAGGCCCAGGGAGGUGCGUUGAGGAGUGGAGGCAUAUUUGGCCUCUAGAAGAGAUGGCCUACGAGAACCACACUCUCUGCACCUUUUAUGGCUUGGGUGAGCAAACAACUUAUGGUCCAAACUGGGACACUUUGAAAAAAGGGAGCUUUGAUAAUACUUAUGCCAGGAUAAUAGAUGUAAACCAGGACUAUCCUGGACAUACAGUCACCCUAUCCAUGGCCGUUUAAAAGACUGUCCUUAAUCUGACCAUUAAACAACAGAAAUCUCUUUCCUUUUUAGUAAUACCCUGCACAAGCUAUUUCCCUCAGAGGCAGAGCCAAGGAGCUAGGCUAUAGUUCAGGCAGGAAAUGCUAUUGGCCACAUAAGAACUCCAAAUCUGGGGUAAUACAUAAACCAACCCUACUUAUGACCACACUCUUCAAUUCCCUAUUUACAUGCCAAAGAAAAAUCCAGUACUUCAGCUACCAAUAUUGAGGAAAAACAUGAACUGUCCAUGACUUUGCAUUGACCAUUUUUAUACAACUCUUUCUAAAAUAUACCUAACCUUUCCUAUUUUCUAAUCAAAGAAAACAGAACAAAUGUCUCCUUUUUCUUAGAUCAUUUGUUAACUUCUCUGAGCACCAAUUUCCUCAUUUUUGAAUUGAGAAUAAUACCCACCUUGCAGGGCUGUUAGGAUUAAACGAGAUACUGUUUAUAAUGAGUCUGUCCCAGGGUGUAGCGUAUGGUAGGUGCUCGUGACAGCAUCAUUGCUGUCAUCAAGUCCUGUGCUGCUGGGCAGUCAGUCACACUUGACACCCUCCAAGGCUGCCCUGACAGGGUUCCAUAGUCUCUGGGUGUUUUGACCUUGAGUUUUGACCUCUUCCCUCAGGAUCAGACCGUUAGCUUUCGUGUCUGCUUCUAGCCACAACUGCAGCUUCCCUUGCUCUUGGCUUCAGAUCUGACACAGGCUGAAAAGAAAAUCCCCAAGUAUGUCCAAGUUCUGUUUAAAUAGGUUAGGCUCUACGUAGGGCCAGAGGAAUGAAGUGGCUGGGUCUUCAUACUUCUACUACCUGGGCCUUCCUCACCUUUUUCAGCUCUGUGGCCCUGUUUUUGUUUCCAAGGGCCGGGCCCACGAGGGAUACUUAGGAACCAGCAGCCCGUUCUUCUAGUUGGCGCAGCUGACCCUGCAGAGGAGUGCUCAGACUUAAGUACCUGGUAUCCUUCCCAUUCUUCCAGCUCCUCCCAGCCUCCACGUGUGGUUCUGACCAUCCUUAGACGUCAAGAACAGGGCCAGAAGGAGGACUGUUGCUGCCCACGUCAUUGUUUGUAAACAAGCUAUGAUCCCCUUGUUACCACCACCCUCCUCCCCACCCUUGAGGCUCUUAGGACAGAAGGAAUGAAUGGUGUAGGAAAAAAACUUCUAGGUAAGAAAUGUGUGUUUUUCUCCUUUUAAAAGAAAGAAAACAUACACAGCAGUGUUGAAACAGUUCAAGUUUAAUUAGUUGAUAUAUGGUCUGUACUUAGACAAACACUAAGUUCUACAACAUACAUAAUGUCAACAUGGGAAAAUACCAACUUUGUCAUUGCACAUACGAGUAAAUAAAUACAUUUGCUCCAGAAUACCAAAGAGUUUAUUCAAAAAAGUCACUUAAUAAAAGCACAGUUUUGCAAGUUCGUCUAAAACUCCAGAUAAUUUCGAACAAAAAUAAAAUGUCUGACCACUCCAAAAUAGGAAAAGACAAUCUUGUGCAAAUAGACAUACACAUUCUAGGCAUUAUGAAAACUGGCUAAAUGUAUGCUCCCAGCAAGAUAAGUGUCACCCGUCCUGACCAAGUCCCCUUUG